GCAGCCCCCGACCCCGGUACCUGCGUGCGGCGCUAGCGGAGCGGACGCGGCGCCCCCGCCAUGCCCGGCCGCGGCUGCUGCAGGCCCCGACGGCAGCGCCUCAGUCCGGCCCGGCCGCCAUGUCAGCCGCGCCGCGCGGUGCAUUGUGGGGCGAGGGCGGGGGGAGCGCCCCGGGGGCGGUGGCGCUGAGGGCGGCGGCUGACAACGACCCGGCCCGGCCCGGGGGGACCCCCGGCCGCCAGGGGAGCCUCCUGCUGCCUUAGAACUCCCCCUUGGCUGAGGGGCCGACGCGCCCCGCUCCCCAACACUCCCGGCGCUCAGGGCCUCCCUCCCCCAGUGCCACAGCAGCAAGCGGGGAUGAGGGAAUACGCGGAAUAAGCAGCACGGUUUUUUCUUAAUCCCCCCCAACAGCCAUCCUAAUUUCCCCCCUCCUUUUCUCAGCCCAGGCCUCUCCUUACGCAUAAAAUCAUCAAGGUUGGAAGAGACCUUUAAGAUCACCCAGUCCAACCAUCCACCCAGCGCUACCACUGUAACCCUUAAAGCUCUGAACCACAUCAUCCAGCGCCACAUCCAGGCGCCUCCUAAACACCUCCAGGGACGGUGACUCCACCACCUCCCUGGGCAACCAUUCCAAUGCCUGAUCAUCCUAACAGUGACAUUUGUUUUCCUAAUAACUAAUCUGAAUCUGCCGUCUCAGUUUAAGGCCAUUUCCUCUCAUCCUCUCACUGCAGGCACGGUAGAAGAGACCGGCCCCUCACCACAACCUCCUGUCAGGUGGUUGUAGAGAGCGAUGAGGCACCUGCACCCCCAGGCCCCGUGGAGCUGGGUUAGGGCUCCACGGAGCCCCACGCCACAGCCCCGGCCUUGCUGCCCCCUUCCCCAGGGCUUCCCCUCCUCUUCCCCUCCUCUCCAGUCGAUGGAGAAGGGCAGGUAUGCCCCGGGGACACUGGGGAAGUGGCUCCAGGCUCCCUGACCUUGGCUACGGAGCUGGCCCCGGCAGCAGCCCGGGACAGCAGCUUGGCCAGCACGUCUGCUGGCAGUCUGCAGGUCUCCAGAGAGAAGAGCCAGCCUGCCAGCUCUUAGCAGUGCUGGACGGUGACCUAAAGGCACUGGCAAGUGCUUGUCUGAAGCAAAUCCCUCUGUGAGCCACUACUACCCCUUUUUGGCACUGAAAUGCCAUGUUGGCACUUGAGGCUAAGGAGGCCUUUCCAGAAAAACAAGGCAUGUAAAAGAUUAGUCUUGAACUACUAUAGGGGUUCAAAGGAAAGUAUUAAAAAUAACAAGAACAGGAGUGCUGGAAACACUGCCUCAGGGAGUAUGUGCAGGACGCAGUUAAAGCAGGAACUUUAAAUCUGACUGGAUUCCACAGACUGUUCUCGAGCCGACCAGUACUUUAAAACCACGUACAGUACUCAAUGCACCACUGCCACCAUGAAAUGCUCCAUGUCAGAGUGCGUGGAUCCUCCAUAAAUCCAUCCUGCUGAGGUUUGGUGUGGACAGAGCUUGAGGAGUGCUGCAAAAGGCCGAUUUGCAGCAGCCGGUCCUUUGCGGCGGCGCUGUGCCGGGCCGGGCAGAGCGGCGGCGGCCGUGCAGCAUGCUGGAUCCGGAGGGCAGUGUGGAGCAUCAGCCUUCCCCUUCCUUCCCCAAACUCCUGCUCAUCCCUCUAGCCAUGCUCCUCGCAAUUGCAGCGCUCCUGCUCUUAGCCUUUUCCGCCACGCGGCAAAAAGAGCCUGAUUUUUACACUUUCAAAGUUGUAAACAUCAGGGGCAAGUUAGUCUCCCUGGAGAAGUACAGGGGCUCGGUAUCACUGGUUGUCAACGUUGCAAGUGAGUGUGGGUACACAGACAGCCACUACAAGGCCUUACAGCAGCUGCAGAGGGACCUGGGCCCCUACCAUUUCAAUGUGCUGGCCUUCCCCUGCAACCAGUUUGGGCAGCAAGAACCAGACAGCAACAGAGAAAUCGAGAGUUUUGCGCGAAAGACUUACGGUGCCUCCUUUCCCAUGUUCAGCAAAAUCACAGUCAGCGGGGCUGGAGCAAUUCCUGCCUUCAAGUACUUAAUUGAUUCUACAGGAGAAGAACCAACCUGGAACUUUUGGAAAUACCUGGUGGACCCCAAUGGGAAAGUAGUAAAGGCCUGGGACUCUACUGUCUCUGUGGAAGAAAUAAGACCUCAUGUUACAGAACUUGUAAGAAAAAUCAUCCUGAAGAAGAAAGAUGAAUUAUGACUUUCAAAAAUACCAGCAUGCCAAUUACAUCUCUGUUGAGAAUUAGGACGGGCCUUUGUCUUUUCACAUUCCAAAAGAGAGAAUAUGGGGAAGGGAAAUUAGGACCAGUUGAAUCUAUAGUCACCAUUCUAAGAAUGUAGAAAACAGCAAGUUAGCAUGGUCUAAGUAAUUUAGAUUUUUUUCUCCAACUGAAUUCAGUUUGACCUUUCUGGGAAAAAAGAAAUUCUCAGUAAUUGUUUCUUCCCCAAUUCAAGUUAUUCAUUGUGGGUAACACUAUAGGAAGUCAGUUAAUGUAUUUGUAGGAAGAAGACUCAGAAUAAUGAGAAUUUCCUAACUGGGUUCUCACUGAUAUCUACAUUUUUGUUAUGUUUUGACACAAACUGAAUAAAAUAAAGAGUAAAAAGUG